CACAGCCUCGUAGAAUGCCUGCACACUCCUGCACUAUCCUGCCCUGGGAAAUACCCGCUGUACUCUCCGAACGGGACGGGCGACUAUGGCCCGGAAAGAAACAGCUCGACCCUACUUUACGAUGUCGGGCGGCAGCUGUGUUGUAAAACAGGGUACGAGCAGUACAGCCAUUAUUCUGGACUUUGGCAGGGACCCAGAAGGCACCUGGGAACUGCACCUGGGGCAACAUGGGAACCAGGCUGCUAACACAACCCUUGUAUGCUUUCAGUGCGGCAUUGCUUUCGCUUGCAAGGAAGCUUUUCACAAACAUAUGACCAUCCACAUGACUGGAAUUCCCGGAGAAACCUGGGCAGCAGCAAGGUACCAGAAUUGGAACCAGCUUCAUAACAGAACCAUUGUGUGCCAUCUGUGUGGGGCUGCGUUCACCGACAUGGACACGUUCCAAAGGCACAACGCCGGCCACGAGAAUGGGGAAACCUUUCCCGCUCAUGGUUCUUGAAGAGUCCGUGGAAGCACAGAGGUACCGCCAAGGAAAGCAGCCUAACAAUGCCACCCACGUGUAUAGCUUGUGUGGGUUUCCUUACGCUAAUGUGAAAGCCCGGCAAAAUCACACUGCCGGCCACAUGAUGGGACGAAACCUUUCUUGCCCCGAAUGUGGUGAACUGUUCGGAAGUGACCGCGAAGUGACUGCGCAUUUCGUCACGCACAAGAGACAAGAAUUUUCUUCCUGUCGCCUGUGCAGCCGUAGAUUUUCUACGCUAAAAUACACCAAGCGACAUAUGCGUACAUUCCACAACGUAUGAGUAACGUUCGAAAAAGCCGCUCAAGUGCCAAUAAACGGCUGCGUACACCGAGGAGAGAAACCUGCCCUGCCACGACGGCGGGCACACCGCAUAUGGCAGUGAGAUUGACACCAGUGCAGCAAAAGAAAAA